AUGGGGGGAGGGGUGGGGGAAGCGGGGGACGAACUGGCGGCUGUGAUUGGCCCUGAGACUCCGCUGGAGGUGCUGUUGGGGGCGCGAGGGGGUGGGGAGGUUGGUCGAGGGGAGGGGUGGAUGCGGGAGGGGGGAGUGAGGGAGGGGAAAGUCGUGGAAGGGGGGCUGGAUGAAGGGGAUGAGGAGCUUGGUAGAGGAAGGAAAGCAGCGGAGGAGGGAAGGAAGAGAGGAAGAGAGGGAAGGGAUGAAGGUCGAGAGGGAAGGGAUGAAGGUCGAGAGGGAAGAAAGGGAGCACCGCAGCAAAUACAGGGCUCGAGUGCCGAAGUGCGCCUGAGGGGUGGGGCUGUGGAGGAGGUAGCAAUAGGUGGCGUGAGAAGCAUGCGGGUGAAUGCAGGGACGUGUGAGGGAGUGAAUGAGGGAGUGAAUGAGGGAGUGAGGGAGGGAGUGAGGAAGGGAGCGAGGGAGGAGGUGGGUGGGGCACCUGAUUGGGGGACUGAGGGUGAUGGGGAGGGGGAGAUGGCAGCAAAGCGGGCGAGGAUUACACCAGGAGCCGAGGAUUCAGAGGUGCUGGUUGAUGGGGCCAGAAAGACAAGGGGCACUCCAGGCGCAGCAAUGGGCUCUGCUUUUGAGACUUGUCAACAGCAGGCACGGGUUACAGCCGAGCCUGACGUGCUGGUUGGAAGGAAAAGGGACUCUUCAGAGGCAGUGGAAGAUGGGGGGGAUGGUGUUGGCGGCCUACGCCCAGUCAUCCGCUCCCUCACAGAGCUCGUCCUGCUCCCCCUGCGCUACCCCUCCCUCUUCCCAUCCCUCGGCAUCACACCCCCACGCGGCGUGCUCUUACACGGGCUGCCCGGGACAGGGAAGACCCUGGUGGUGCGGGCAUUAGCAGGAGCGUGCGCGAGGGGGGAGCGGGAAGUGGCGUUUUUUGCCCGGCACGGGGCGGAUUGCCUUGGGAAGUACGUGGGAGAUGCGGAGAAGCAUCUACGGCUGCUGUUCGAAGUGGCGAAGCAACGUCAGCCGUCGAUUAUUUUCUUUGAUGAGCUAGAUGGGCUUGCGCCGGCUAGGGGGCCGAAUCAGGACCCGACACAUAGCUCUGUGGUUGCUACGCUUCUGGCGUUACUUGAUGGGUUGGAUUCGAGGGGUGCAGUUACCGUGAUUGCUGCAACCAAUCGGAUUGAUGCGAUUGAUCCUGCCCUGCGCCGCCCGGGCAGGUUUGUCCGCGAGAUUUUCUUUCCGCUGCCCGGAUUUGCGGGCCGGAAGGCAAUUUUGAGGGCGAUAACGGGGGGUUGGGGGAUGGGGGUUGCACCUUCUGGGAAGGUUCUGGAGGAGCUGGCGAGGAGGAGCGAGGGGUUUGCAGGGGCAGAUCUGCGGGCAGUUUGCAAUGAUGCCCUUAUGGCUGCCCUGAGAAAAAAGUUUCCCAUGGACAAGGCUUUGGCUCUUGAUGUGCUGCCAGGGGAUGAAACUACUAGUUCUGGGCAGCCCCAGCUGCCCGGAGCAGGGGCACCUUCUUAUCCACGUGGCACAGGCUCAUUGGUGCAAGCGAAGAUGUCUCGUCUGCCUAUCCCUGAGAUCCACGUGGAGGCCUGUGAUUGGCUGGAAGCACUGCAGCGGGCGCAAGUGCCCUGUGCCCUCCGAACCGCCGCAGCCAGCUUCGGCAAGUUAGAGCAAGCAAGGUCCAUGGCGCCCUGUGUGCUGCUGCUGCCACGUGUCAACACGUGGGUGGUGGAGGGGUGGAAGGAUGGGAGAGGCAUGGGAGUGGAUGGGGAGGUGGAGGAGGCGGGGGAGGAGGAAGGAGGGAAGAUGGAGGAGGAGAAAGUAGGAGAGGGGGAGGAGGAGAUGGAGGAGAGUGAUGGAGGGUUGAGCGAGGAGAGCCGGGAAGAAAAGGCUACAGGGGAGGAAGAGGACGAAGGAAGGGAGGAUGAGGAAGGAGGGGGAGAUGAAGAGGGGGAUGGGAGAGAAGGGUGUGAAUCAGGGGAGUGGGCAUCAUUUGAACAGCUGAUGGCCGUGGUGGAGUCUCAACUGUCGUCCUCUGCUGCUCUGCUGCACUCUUCCACCACGGCCUGCAUUCACGUUGUGGCCACAUCAGAGGUACCUUUAUCCGCCCUCCCAUCGCCUGUGCAACGAUUCUUCCUGCCCCCCUCCUCCUCUCCCCUCUCCCCCUCGCCCUCCUCCUCCUCUGUCCCCUCCUCUCCUCCCUUCUUCUGUCCCUCCCCUCCUCCCUCCCCACGUCCCUCCCCACGUCCCUCCCCUCCUCCCUCAACCGAACCAUCUCCUCUAACUGGCCUUGGGGCAAAGGCGAGUGGACUGAGCUUGGCGAAUCGCUACCUCCCGCUUCACGUCUUAGGCGCUAUCCUCUCUCCUGCGGACCAGAUCCGCCCUCCCGCGGACCAGAUCCGCCCUCCUGCGGACCAGAUCCGCCUUCCCGCAGACCAGAUCCGCCCUCCCGCGGACCAGAUCCGCCCUCCUGCGGACCAGAUCCGCCCUCCCGCGGACCAGAUCCGCCCUCCCGCGGACCAGAUCCGCCCUCCCGCGGACCAGAUCCGCCCUCCCGCGGACCAGAUCCGCCCUCCCGCGGACCAGAUCCGCCCUCCCGCGGACCAGAUCCGCCCUCCCGCGGACCAGAUCCGCCCUCCCGCGGACCAGAUCCGCCCUCCCGCGGACCAGAUCCGCCCUCCCGCGGACCAGAUCCGCCCUCCCGCGGACCAGAUCCGCCCUCCCGCGGACCAGAUCCGCCCUCCUGCGGACCAGAUCCGCCCUCCUGCGGACCAGAUCCGCCCUCCCGCGGACCGUAUUUGCCCUCUCCGCGACCUACCUUUGCGACGGCCGCGAUUUCCUCUUCAACGGCCGCAAUUUCCUCGUCAACGGCCGCGUUCUGCUCGACGGCCGCGUUCUACUCGUCGACGGCCCAGAUCUGCUCGUCGACGGCCCAGAUCUGCUCGUCGACGGCUCAGAUCUGCUCGCCGACGGCCGCAACCUGCUCGGCGGCCGCGGUUUGCUCGCUGA